CUCAUAUUCAUAACUCACCGAUCCACUCGAGUAGCCGCCACGCACACACAUCAUCAUCAUCACACACACAGCGGGCCACUAUGGAAGCACACCCACCUCUUCGCUCCCACACUCCUCACGCACACUUAUUAUCCCAGUGGACUGAUUGAUGCUGGCUGGCGGCUACAUCGCGCUUGUUUGCACCUCAUUAUCACCCAUCUUUCCCGGUUAUUUAUUAUUCCCUACCCCCACCUUGCCUGGAUUACUAUCAUCGCAACCAGUACCACCAGUACCACCGAGUCGAGACGAGACGUCUUCUUCCACAACCUGUAUAUAUUUUACUUGUCAGGAUUAACGCAGGUCAUUUUCAGGAAUAACAUAACUCGCACCAUACGCCGUCUUUCUUGGUUUUUAUUCAAACCAGAAAUAUCUUAUGUGAAUAUGCCUUCAUUGUGCAGGACGAAUACGCGUCGACAUCUCGGGACCGUCUCUGCUUGUUUCUUACUAUAUUUCUUCGUCGCGGCGGUCGAUGGUGUCCCGCAGAGGACGUCGCGGGGCCCCAUCGCCGAGGUCGACCCCGACGCGAUUAUUCUCAGAACACGGGGUCAGCAGCAAACUCCAAACAACCACGAAUUUACGUCGACGACGACGAACUCGUCGACGACAGACACAUAUGACCCUUCGUAUUCGCUGAACAAUUUGGAUGAUGAUUUCCUUCUCUUCUGGAAUUUAAGCAGCGUCGGCGAAAGCGAAGACGAUGCGUCGACGACCGGGGUGGUUCCUUCGGAUGAUGAAGGAACUAACCUGGAGGAAUUAGUUCUCAGGUUAGAGGAAGAAGCAAGACUUGAUGAGAUGGAAAUGGAAGGAGAGGUAGUGAGACAAGCUUUGGAAGCAAGGAGAUCGAGGCCGUCAUCUAGACUAGCACAACCAAAAAGGAAAAAGCCGAAGAGACGGAAAGAUUUACGGAGCGAGUAUACACCACUGAGUAACAGACACAAGAAACGUCUACUUGAUAUUCAUAACUCAUAUAGGAGAAAGGUCCCAGGACCAGCGUCUAAUAUGGAUGAGAUGAUUUGGGAUGACGAGUUAACUCUAAUGGCGAAGAAGUACGCCAAGAAGUGCAUAUGGGCCCACGGGCAGACAAUCGAAUCCAAACAAUUCAAACAUGUCGGGCAAAACUUAGCCUAUGGGAAAAACCCCCGUGGGAUCAACAUGUCGCCGUUUUACCUCGCUUCUCUAUGGCACUAUGAGAAAAAGAACUACGAUAUUGCAACGGAUACAUGCGAACCGAAUACACUCUGUGGACACUAUACACAAAUGAUUUGGUCAGACACCAAUCGAGUAGGUUGUGCCACUCAUUUUUGUGACGAGAUGAAUAUACCUGGUAGUACUAUGAUCAUACGAGAUGCUCUUUAUCUAGUUUGCAACUACGGACCUGGCGGCAAUAUUCAUGGUAAAAAGCCUUAUGACAUCGGGAGACCGUGUACACAAUGUGCUUCCGGUUCAGGGAAAUGCAGAGAAGGAUUAUGCAGUGACUGCGAUAUUCGUGAACCAUCUUGUGAAUGUAUGCUUGAAUGUCAAAAUGGCGGCAUCCUCGAUGAACAGAAUUGUUUAUGUUCAUGCCCUGCUGGUUGGAUGGGAUUGUCUUGCGAAAAUGUUUGUAACAACACGCAUGCGUGGUGUGGAAAUGGUUGGCCAAAGGAAUGGUGUUUCAACAACAACGACAACAAUCCUGUAGAGGAACUAUGCCCUGCAAUGUGCGGUAUAUGCGAUUGUGGAGGGCCACCGUGUAUGAACGGAGGUCGAAAGAGUGUCACGUGUGAAUGCGAUUGCCCCACGCCAUGGAGCGGUGAAGAUUGUUCAGAAUGUGACAUUAAGUGUAUCCAUGGAACUUUAGACGAAGCGACGUGCCAGUGUACUUGUGAUGAUGGGUGGAUGGGCUUAACAUGUUCAGAACCGUGUGAGAAUAAGCAUCAACUUUGUUAUCACGGAUGGUAUCCGAAUUGGUGCGACGAUGAGCACCCGUAUGUACUAGAUAACUGCCCUGCGAUGUGUGAACUAUGCAAAAUCAGCACUGGUGGUGAUACAAGACCAGGUAACUGUCGCAAGAGAUGUAAGAAUGGGGGGAGUCUUCAGGAAUCAGCUUGUGAAUGUGAAUGCCCGGAUGGAUGGUUUGGAGAUGAUUGCUCAUUGGAAUGCCGGGACAAGUUCCACCACUGCCGAUGGUCCACCAGACUUUGUGACAAUCGCGAUUACGCUCGACAUUAUUGCCCAGUAUCGUGUGAUUUGUGCUCACCGCCGCUAGACAUUACCGAGUGAUCCCGAAGCCUUCCGAAAUGAAGCCGACAAAAUCCGAUGAUGGAAAACAAAUUGCCCGUAACACUCGAGGAAUUAUGGAGAAAGAUUGAUUGAUAAAGAGCUUUAAAACGAGUCUAUGUGUACGGUAUCAUGUAUAGGUGUAUCUUGUGUAGAUCUUAAAGGGACUUAUCUUAUAUAAAAAAAACUGACUCUGUACUUGUUCUCGCUGUAGUUUCGUUCUUCAAAAUUAUUUAUUUCGAGUUAUUGCUCGUAAUCGUUGAAUGACUAUCUGCGAGGUACAUGCAACAAAUAUCAAAUAUGUUUUGUAGUUAAAGGAAGACAUAUGCAUUUGGAAUCAUUAUUUUGUAACGCAUAUAUGAUUUUUAUUGGCUUAACUAAUAGUAGUUCUGAUUUCCACGAUUGCCUUAUGUGCAAUCAAUCUGUCAAAUCGGCUGUAAUGAUCAAUUUCUAUAAGCUUUGUUUUAUCAUGGUUAUGGGGCAUUUGUGAUCGCCAAAUUCAGCAAGCCAUAGUAUUUUACAAUAUGGUAAAGACCGAUUUUACGUAUUUAUUUUAUUAUAUUACUUUAAACAACGACGGGCAAAUCAGUAGAUUUGUAACAAAUCAUCAGUGAGGCGUCAUAUUGGCCAUGGUUGCUUAGUCUAUGUCACUUUGGUUGAUCUUUCUGUUUAUGUAACUAAAACAAAACAUCUUAAUAGUCAGAUAUUGCAACAAGGUUUCACUUUGCAUUAUUUUGUCGGAAAGGUAUAUAUUUAUGUUAGCUCAUGUUGUAUUCAUAAAUCUUUGGGAAUAUUAACUCUGUUACUUAUUUUCGUAUAAAGAGUAAUUUAUUUUCGUUAUAGAAAAUCUAACGUUCUAACGUGGUAGCUUAGAAGUUAGUCAAAAGAACGAUAUUUUAGACUGGUAUGUGUUUCAUGUUUUGCACAAACGAAAUCUUGAUAGAACUGAUAGUAAAUUAGUCAUCGUCCUAGUAAACCUAAAUAUAAUUAUUUGGCACAGACAAUAAAAUAAAAAAAAUAACAGUAAUUUUCAAAGUAAGAAUUUAUGCAAAGAGCAAGGAGCAAACGUAAUAAAAACUUUUUUUAUGUCCGCAAAAAAAGAAAUCGAGGUAAAUGUAUACGUAGGCCAAUAUAAUAAAUUCAUUGAUCACCAUUUCAUUAAGGUCUUAAAAAUACAAUGUGCCACUUAUCAACGAUAUUAAUAAUAGGUACAUUUAUAUAGCGCUUCAUACUUUGUGCUUGUCAGCGCUUUACAUGUAAUUAUUACUUUGGUCAUUGGAUCAAUCACUGUUUCGCACAUAAAGUGCACUAUCCCCACUCCCUGGGGAGUAUCCUGGCCAGGCAACCAUUUUUUAACGGUGCACGCAAGCCAAUGUAAUAUAUAACUUUCUAUGUCCAUUUUACACCUGGAUAGAGAGUGACAAACGUGGAUAAGUGCACUGCCAAAGGACAUGCGGCGCCGGGUGGGAUUCGAACCCGCGACCCAUGGUUUAAGUGUCAUGUAACGAUACCUCCACAUUUUUUUUCUCUGUAUAAUUCCAAACUUCAUUCUCUAAAUUCCUUAGAUUGAAAAUAAAUUGCGACCAGGGACCAGUACAAAAUAGAUUUAGAAUUCAAUCUUGUUUGAUUGGAACUUUUGAUCCAAUUUUUGAUUGGUUCCUGACCACAAUAUAUGAGAUUGACUUUCAAUCUACGGAAUUUAUAGUCUGGGGUUGGGACUCUUGUUACAUUCAUAAAUUUAUCGUAAAAUGAAGUUAUGCAGUCUCACACAUGCCUCGUACGCUGAAUAAACAGUACUCUUUUAGCAGCCAUGUUAAAUGAAGUAAACAAUAUAAAUUCGUAAAAACUGUAAGCCCGUUGUUCUAAAUAUAAACAGAGUUGGAAAAUACAGCGUUCCUGGGACUAAUCAGUCCGUAAACUUAAAAGAAAUCGAAAAUUAUUUCGAACCUGUUCCACCCAUUGGAUGAAUGCCACGAAGUCAAAUUAGAUGUAACCACGAACCGGAAAAAUAAAGUAUGCUCGAUUUCCCCGAUGAAAGGUCAUAUGGAAUAACAUGAAGAUUUCAUUGGAAUGAAAGUUUUCGUUCGAGGGACUUGAAUUGUUAAAUACAUGUAAGUUAAAGGGUAGUUGUAAUUUAUCCAGAUAUCGGCUUGAUUUGAAUAAUCAAGGUAAUAUAUUUCGAUGUUUAAGUACUUCUUUAUUUAUUAGGAGAGUGUCGUUUGAUAUUGUUCAUCAUCGAAAGAAGGAGGAAAAGGUUUGUACAAAGUUGAAAGUUUCAUAUUGAAAAAAAGGACCAAAAAGAGAAGUCAGGAAUUAUAUGACAAAAAAAUGAUCGAGCUGUUGUUUGUUCACUGAUAUUUAAUUGUGGAAAUUGUGAAAUAUGUUAUGAUUUGUAACUUUAUAGCUAAAAUCAAAGUGUUUAUUGGGACACUUUAGAAGUACGUGAUUAAAAACCUAUACUCCAAUUUUGAGACUUAUGUAAUAAUGGAGUAAAAAUGUGUAUUAAGUCUAAAUCUAUUUCUCGGUCUAUUCACUCCUGAAUGUUAGAA